AAGUGCUUAAAACACACUUCAUGAUCUGUAAAGUCUUAAUAGAAUCUUAGGUUUCACUAAAACUAAUUAUAAAAUAAUAUCAAAAGCUUUAUGUACUGCUUAAACAAGUCAAUGAAAAAUCGUAUGGGAAGACUGAGUGCCUAACAUGUCUGUCAGACUGUAAGAGUAAAUUUGAGAAAUAAUCUGCUUCUUAACAUUUUCCCACAGCAAUCUAAGACAUGUUUAAACACCUCCAAAACUUCUGUAUUAACAAUAUCAAUGGUUUGAGAGCACUUUAAACAUAAAAACAUCUUAGUUGAAUUAUUCAUGUUGCCCAGUGAACUGUUAACAUGUAAAGACAUAUUCUGUUUCAAGAAUUAUUUAAUCCAUUGAUUUUCUGUCUGACUCUGCAGAUCAGCUUGAGCUAAUGGAAGGAUAACAUUAUCACAUGAUGCUUAGUGCCACAAAUUAUAAAUGAUUGUUGUUCAACUUAUAAGGGGAUUUCUAUCAAGGAAAAAAAAAACACCAGGAGGAUAAAAUUAUUGUACAUCGAAAACAUCAGAAAGAUCAGGUUACUUAGGGUCAUGUGAACGUGGAGACUACACUGUCUGAAGAUGGCGGACAUCCUGACUUCUUAUACCUUUAUGUUCAAGUUUAAGCGUUUUUCCAUUCAUGUUAUUUUGUCUUCUUAAUAUCAAUAAAAUCUGAAAUUUAUUCUUUAGCAUGCAUAGAGAAAAAAGUAAAACAAAAAAAAGUCUUGUAUGGUGAUUUCAUGUUUGAGCCUGACUUAUUUUCAGUUCCCUUGUGGAAUCACUAAAUGCCUUACGCUGCAAACAGGAUGUCGUCUCUGUUCCCUUGUUCUGAGAGCAGCAACAUCUAAAGAUCACAGUUUGGUGUGCAUUAUAGAAGAUCCUGUGACGUUACCAGAUGAAGAUCUAUGGCGGCUUGACAAAAUGGAUGACUUGAAUAAUUUCACCUAUUCUUAUGAUCAAGACUAUGGAGGUGAAAUUUGUGACAUGAAAGAGUUUAUAAACUUUGUAAAUGUGUUCAUCACAGUUGUGUCCUCAGUGGUGUUUGUUGUGGGGAUCCUGGGGAAUGGAUUGCUGCUGGGUGUACUGAUAAAGAGCAGAAAGGUCUGGAGGGCAACAGACACUUUCAUCCUUCACCGAGCCGUGGCAGACGUCCUGCUGUUGGUGACGCAGCCCUUUUGGGCUGUGCAGUUUGCCAGUGAUGCUGGAUGGGUGUUUGGGUUGUUCUUCUGCAAGGUCACUGGAGGUGUUUUCAAGAUAAAUUUAUAUUGUGGGAGUUUUCUUGUGGUGUGCAUCAGUGUGAGCUACCUCCUCUCAAUCAUUCCUUCAACCAAAGAGUUCAUGAAGAAGAAGCCCUGGGUGGUUCAUGCCUGCUGUGUGGUGGUGUGGAUCAUCUCCGUUCUCCUCUCUGUCCCUGACUGGAUCAUCUAUACAGUAAUGGGACAAGAAAAAAGUAGAUGUAUUUAUGAUAUGGAUGUCGGUAUCCAUAACAUUUCACUCGGGCUGUACUACACAUUUGGAUUUGCGUUUCUCUUAGUCGUCCUGGUCUUUUGCUUCUUCUGCAUCAUGUGGCAGCUGUGGUGUGGCACCAAAGGCCUUCAAAAUCAGAGAGAUUUCAAAGUUGUAGUAGUUGUUGCUGCAGUUCUCUUUCUCUGCUGGGCACCGUUCAAUAUUACUGUUUGGGUGUACAACAAUAGUGUACAUCAUUGUAAUAGAUCUCUGAACAUAGCUUGGCUUGUAACUUCUGCUCUGCAUCACUUCCACUGUUGCCUAAAUCCCAUUCUGUUAUUGCUUGUGGAUGUUAAGUAUCGGCAACAGCAGCAUGUGUACCAAGACAUCGAACUGACAGCUCAGUUUUCUUAGAAGCUACUAGACUACAGCAGCUAAGUGGGAACACAAUAUUGAUGAAGUAACAUUUUAUUUUAUCUGCCUCUCAUAGCUUCUUCUUUUCCAUUUUCUGGCAACCAAUCAACACUGGUGAACUAAAGAAAACAUUGAAUAUGCUGUGAUUUGUUUGUUUUUUUUUAAUUCUUUUUACAUUUUAACUAAAUAAGUGUUUUUGUACUUUGUUUCAGCACCACAAUUAUACAACAGAUGGUUUUGAGACAUUAGCAUAAGGUAAAUGAAAACGUAUCAGUUUAUUGAGAGCAUUGUUUGUGUCCGUGAGGUUUUUUCUGAUUUGAGCCCGACUGGGAGUUCAAUUAUCCAUUCAAAGCCAUAUUGAGCGUUCAGUCCACAGCCUUCAGUCCACAUGUCUCUAAUCAUUGCAGUUUUCCAUCGAUCAUAAAUGUGGCAUUUUUUUUAUAGUUAUCUUCAAUUACAAAAUCAUUUAGCUUUGCAAGAAAAAUGUUAGAGAAGAAAAAAAAGGAAAGUCACAAAAUUCUGAUUUGUAUCCAUCAUUAAUUCUGCAAGUAAAUUUUAAAUGUUUUAUUUUUUUAAUCAGAGCUGACCAGAGGUUAUAAAUGAAGUGUUUGUGUUCUGAAAAUGUUAAUCAUAAAACAAAUUGGGGUUGGCACUCCUUAUUUAAAUCACAAAUUCAAUGAUGAUUAGCAAAAUUUUGUUUCAGAGAAUAAAAGACAAAUAGUGCUUGCUGUUCAUUUUUAUAUUCAGAAUUAAGCUCAAUAAGUAAAAUAUGCGUUGACGAAAUGUUUGCUUAAAUAAAUGAAAACCUAGAUCAAUAAAAAGUAUUUUAACAGACACAUUCUUAAUUGUAAAAAUAAAUGUUAAAAGCUGACAUCUGCCAGUUAUGGUAAGAACAAAAAAAUAAAUAAAAGCCUACAAAAGUUUAAUGUUUCUAUGAAUUUCCUCUGUUGCAGUUUGCUUGUUCCCCUGGUGCCUCAGUGGGUUUCCUCCAGUUUAUUCCCAGAUCUCACAAUGAUUUUUUUUAAAGUGUAUUAAUUAAGAACAUACUUAGUGUGUGGGAGAUGUUUGGCCUUAAGAUGAACAGAUGUCUCCACUGUCUUUCUCCCCCUGCUCCUAGUUUUAGAUCAGUUUGUUUAAGAAAAUAAUUUGCUAUUAUUUGAAGUUUAUUGCAAGAAGUGUGUGAUAGAAUACACACGUAUACAGUGUAACAAAAUCCUCCGCAGUGUAGUUUAGUGGUGUGACAUUAUGUUGUGUUUCAGCAAGACACACGACAUAAAAAUACGUAAAACACUUAAAAAAAACACAUGCAUUCACCUUCACAAUCUGCUGUAAAUGUCACUUAACAUUCAUUUGUAAAUAAAAAGUUUAUGAAUCUGUAUGCUGUGAAUUCUUUUACUUCGCCAUCUGUUCCCAUCCGUCACACAGGCAACGAUAUUCAUCCGAACCUUUACAGAAUAGAGUGACAGGAAAUGGUUUUUAGAGGGAAAAAAUCCCCACCAAGUAGCAUUAAAACUUUAACAAGAGACAGCUUCAAACAGGGACAAUGUAGGAAACCAUCAGUAAAAAGAUAAACGGUGAAGAGUCAUUACUUGAUUCUGAAAGGCCUACAGGAGGGAAACUAACAGAAAAUGGGCAAACAAAUCAAACACCCCAGAAACACGGGAUCAGUGAAAGUGUACAGGACAUUAAAGAACAAACAGCACCACCAUGUGGCAGCUAGCAAGCGGCACAGACAGGUUUUUUUUUGUUUGUUUUAUUCUGCAGGUGAAAGUUGCUUCGUCUACGACUGAAACCUGAACAACCAAAUACAUUUUGGGGCAGUAAGAACAUAUAGUAAAAAAAAAAAAAAAAA